CCCCAUGGCCCCAUUGUGGGGGUCCCCAGUGCCCCAUUCUACAGGAUGUGAGUCUGGGGGUCCCACGGGGGUCGCCCUCACCCCCUGACCCCCCCAGCAGCACAAGAGCAGAGCGCAGAGGAGGAGACGUGGGGCCGGGGGUCCCCACCACCACCCCAUUCUGGGGGUCUCCGCGGCCCCAUACGAUGCGAUGUGGGUCUGGGGGCCCCCUAACCACCCCCCCCCCCUCGCCCCACAGCUGUGCCGGCGGCACAAGGUCGGGGUGCUGUACUGCAGAGCAGGGCAGAGCACGGAGGAGGAGAUGUACAACAACGAGUGCGCCGGGCCGGCCUUCAACGAGUUCCUGUCCCUGCUGGGGGAGAGGGUCACCCUGAAGGCCUUCAGCAAAUACGCCGCGCAGCUGGACACCAAGACGGACUCGACGGGCACCCAUUCCCUGUACACCACCUACCAGGACUACGAGAUCAUGUUCCACGUCUCCACCAUGCUGCCCUACACCCCCAACAACCGCCAGCAGCUGCUGCGGAAGCGGCACAUCGGGAACGACAUCGUCACCAUCGUGUUCCAGGAGCCGGGCGCGCUGCCCUUCACCCCGCGCGGCGUCCGCUCGCACUUCCAGCACGUCUUCAUCGUGGUGCGGGCGCACGAGCCGUGCACCGACGGCGUCAGCUACAGGUGGGGGCGCGGGGGGGGCACCCGGGGGUCCCUUCUGCCACCUUCUGGUGAUUUGGGGUCGUUUCUGAUGCCCCUAGGGGUGAAUUUUGGGGUCCCUUCUGCCACCUUCUGGUGAUUUGGGGUCGUUUCU